UUCAAAGACGUCGCCAUAGGAGUCAAGAAGCUGUACAGUUAGGAGGGAUGUGGGAACCGAUAGGAGUCAGACUGGGAGCCAGAUGGUGGGGUCGGGUUGAGACUGGGAUGGGAUCGGGAUGGGCUCGGGUUGGGAUCGGGAUCGGGAUCGGGAUGGGGUCGGGAUUGGAUCGGUUGAGGUCGGGAUGGGAUUGGGAUGGGAUCGAAAUGGGAUCGAGUUGGGAUCGGGAUGGGGUCGGGAUAAGAUCGGAUUGCGUUCGGGCCUACUGUAUGGUACCUUGUCACGGGCCAGCAAAGGGGCGACAACACUUGCAAAGGAGAUUAAAAGCUUGAGAGGAGCAUGGAGAAGACAAGACGAGCUUGGAAGGCGAAAGAGUGCUGCCCCAGUGCUUCAGACUGUUCAAAGUCAAUUCUCAAUAACCAGCUCAAUGGGAUCAGCCACAUCAGCAGCCUCAGCGGCAUCGGAGUGUGUACCUGGAUCAGCUAAUUCUGAGACCGGCCAGCUAGGGAUCUUGCCUAUGGUCGCAACAAAGCAGUGGUCAGCAGCACAGCUCUCUCGCUAUCGACCAAACUGGUUAACAAAGACAUUUAAGAGGUUUUCACAUGACCUGUCCAACAUGCGGACUAGUCUUAUGGGACAUUUGUUGCCACAUCCACCUCAUUAUGAAGAUGAGGAUCUCGAACAAACGCAGAAACUCCCUGCAGAUGACACUGUGGAGCGAAACACAUGGCGGGCAAAGAUGGCAUGGUUAGCUGUGAGGAUUGAGAAGCUUAUGAUGAGGGUCCUUUGGCGACGAGUCAUGAUGGUGUUUGUGCUAAUCACAAUCUUGUUCAUGGACUUGACAACAGCAGCACUACCAAAGGAAGCUGACCGCUAUGCACGAAUAAUUCUCACCGUCUUCUUCCUUGUACUGAUCUGCGAAAUGGUUGUCGCAUCAUGUGUCAUUCCAGGGUAUUUCCUGAAGCUCUUCUUCUGGAUGGACUUGGUAGGCACAAUUAUGAUUUUACCAGACCUUACAACAUGGGGGGUCUUUGGGUUCAUUCGAGAAAGACUUACUCUUCGACACAUCUCCAGGGAGAUCAGAAUACUCCGGCUUGCACGGUUGAUAUCAUUGCCCAAGUCAAAAGGUCCCAUUGAGCCCAGUAAUGUCUGGCGAAUUCUUUCACAGUUGACAACACAGAAGCUCAUCCUGGGGAUCAUGCUAAUGCUCAUCAUCAUCCCGUUCUUGCAUGUACAGAUCAAAGAUGGGGCUCCAAAAGUAUUUUUGAACACACUGGACUCUCUGCCGCAGUUUUCGGUCGACUUCAACGAAACGCUUGUAGAUUUUGAGAUCUUCAACCGGCGAAAUGGGUACAAGAUGCUGUUCAUAGGGCUGGCAGAGUCACCGUGCAAAUGUUUGAUUGAAAGGAAACUGCUUACCAAAACAACAAGUGGGAAUGGUGGUGAAUCGGCUGGAACGGGGGUGGAAUUACCUUGGGGUCCGGACUCUGCAGAGAGCAAAAGAGUGGACAAAGUGGAACCAAAAUCGCUCAAGGAAGCUAUACUGGCGACAGUACACAAUGUUUGCUUGGCCGACUCAAUGAGCAGCAUGUUGUUGGGAUCAGGGACACCGGACCUGAUGAGCGGCAUUUCUAAGGACGAAAGUAAUAAGGAGGUGACCCCAUGUACAUUACAGCACUAUGUGACAACUGUACGAGCUCCAAAAGCUCAGAAUGCUAGCAGCGAUCAGGGUUCAGCAGACCCUAGUUCAGCUGCAUCAAUUUUGACCGUCAGACCUAUGGAUGCAGCUGAAAAGGCCCGUACGUAUAAGGUGUUUCGAAAAGAGGAGUUGUGGCAUAUUCGAAGCAAACUCGGAGUUAGUGAAGCUUUAUUUAAUAUCAGAUAUGAGAGUCAGCUGGAUUCCAUCUUCGAGGAUGAUGAGCAAAGACUGAAGCUCAUGGAGGAACUACAUGAGGUCGGGAAAAACGCGGAAUUGGCCUUCUUGGAAAAUGCACAAGUCAGAGCGCAGCAGCAGGAGCAGACAAGAGGCAAGGAUGACAAAUCAAAUUUAAUGGAGGAGGGUGAGGGAGACAGCAUGGACUGCGAAGAAGGAAGGGGGGAUCAGGGGGGGGAAAUUUCUCCACAAAGAGAAAGGGAGAGUCAAGAGGGGAAGAGGGGUCUAACUCUCAAGAAGGAGAGUCGCAGCAGGGAAAAAGAAGACAAAAGACCCAAUCAGUGGAAGGGGUCAGGUGAGAAAGGGACAGGCAUUGCAGAUAAGAGUGAGGAGGACUUGACAGACAAGGAUCACCCAGGGGGAUCAUCACAACAAGAAGAGGACAGGGGCAGAUCUCAGGGGGCCCAGGGACACGUAACAGCGGAGGAAGAGGAAAGGGUAAGAGAAAGAGCGAGAAGGAGAGGGAUGCAAAACACUGAGAACAUGUCAGUGGAACAGAUACUGCAGGCAGAGGAGGACCAAGGAGAGGGUUCACCAGACAUAGAAAGCGAAGCUUCAUCAGAGGAGGAAGACGAAGAGGAGGAGGAGGAUCAGGAAGACGCUGACGUGGAGGACUGGACAAGGGAACGGUGGGUAAAAGAGGUGGAGCAGCUGGAAUGGGGGAGGACGAUUGAGUGUGAAAUCAGGCUGGCCCACUACAAACACCUGAGGAACCUUCAACAAGCCACUCAAGCAGGGGAAGACAUUACGUCAGAGAACAGGUUUGAACUGCUAAGGAGGGAGGGAGAAGUCAAUGAAUUCUACGCAUCUCAGUAUGCAAGAAAGUCCCGUACAGUAAGAAACGAGAUACACUUACAGCAGGAGGAAUAUGAGAGGAUAUUUCAGUGGCCAAAGUUCUAUCAUAGCAAGGAAAGAAAGAAGGACAGCAAGAAACGAAAGGCUCAGGCGGCAGAGGAUCAAAGCAGUGCAGUGGAGGUAAGAAAUGACCCAAUGAAGGGUCCUGCAUUGGAAGAAGAACAAGGGAAGGGAGAGAGUGAUGAGGAAGAGGUCCAGGAUCUGAGAAGGCAAGCCGCAAUCUUGGUGGUGCAGGUGAACUUGCUCAAGGACGAGAACAGGGAGUUGGAGGACGACACAGUGAAUGUACAAAAAAUAGCGACAGGACAGUGGAAGGAGAUUGAAGUCGCGGCCAGACUGGAAUCCAAAAACGGGAGGAGGAGAAAAGUAGUCCUUCCAUGUCGAUGGAAUGCAAGGCACUCAGACUGGGAAGUGGCAAUCAACCAAUCCUUACAGAUGCUAACAACCCCGACUGAGGAGUGUUCUGGCUCGGAUAUCCAGAAAUCAAUAGGGGGAGAGGUGCCUGCUCACGCAUUCAUAUUGAGAGAGGGAGGAGCGGAUCCGAUGGCGUUAGGAGAGGAAGGAGAGGAGGGGACAAUGACAUAUUUUGGUCCACUGUUACUCCAAAUGGGGACUGAUUCCGAGCUAAGAGAGGGCUUGAUUUGGAUGCCCUGGCACGUGGUGGAGACCAUUCCCUAUGGGUUGCUUGGGGGGGAACUAGGUGCGGAAUGGGUUGCAAGAUGCACAGCGGUGGCGACAAAAGUAGAGGCGUUUGCUUGGAAACCAGACUUCAUCGAGAAGAGGCAGCACCAACAAACUGAUGAUGAUGAUGAUGAUGAUGAUGAUGAUGAUGAUGAUGAUGAUGAUGAUGAUGAUAGCGAUGAUGAUGGUGAUGUCGAUAAUGAUGAUGAUGAUGAUGAAGAUGAUGAUGAUGUUGAUGAUAUUGAUGACGCAAUGAUGAUGAUGAUGAUGGUGAUGUCAGUAAUGAUGAUGAUGAUGAUGAUGAUGAUGAUGAUGAUGAUGAUGAUGAAGAUGAUGAUGCACAGCGCCCUAUGAUGACUACAAGAUGAUGAUGGUGUGAUGACGAGCACCUUGGAUGAGAACCUAAAGAUGAUGAUGAUGAUGAUCAACGCCCUAUGAUGACG